GGCUCCAUGUCCCCCUAACCAUCGGGUCCUAAUGGCUCCAUGUCCCUCUAACCAUCGGGUCCUAAUGGCUCCAUGUCCCUCUAACCAUCGGGUCCUAAUGGCUCCAUGUCCCUCUAACCAUCGGGUCCUAAUGGCUCCAUGUCCCUCUAACCAUCGGGUCCUAAUGGCUCCAUGUCCCUCUAACCAUCGGGUCCUAAUGGCUCCAUGUCCCUCUAACCAUCAGGUCCUAAUGGCUCCAUGUCCCUCUAACCAUCGGGUCCUAAUGGCUCCAUGUCCCUCUAACCAUCGGGUCCUAAUGGCUCCAUGUCCCUCUAACCAUCGGGUCCUAAUGGCUCCAUGUCCCUCUAACCAUCGGGUCCUAAUGGCUCCAUGUCCCUCUAACCAUCAGGUCCUAAUGGCUCCAUGUCCCUCUAACCAUCGGGUCCUAAUGGCUCCAUGUCCCCCUAACCAUCGGGUCCUAAUGGCUCCAUGUCCCUCUAACCAUCGGGUCCUAAUGGCUCCAUGUCCCUCUAACCAUCAGGUCCUAAUGGCUCCAUGUCCCUCUAACCAUCAGGUCCUAAUGGCUCCAUGUCCCUCUAACCAUCAGGUCCUAAUGGCUCCAUGUCCCUCUAACCAUCAGGUCCUAAUGGCUCCAUGUCCCUCUAACCAUCGGGUCCUAAUGGCUCCAUGUCCCUCUAACCAUCAGGUCCUAAUGGCUCCAUGUCCCUCUAACCAUCGGGUCCUAAUGGCUCCAUGUCCCCUAACCACUCUGACAUCAAUGACAAUCAAACACUUAUCAUCACAACAGUAUCAUGCUUUUACAACUCACCUCACUGUGAUGAUCAAUUUGAAGAAAGAAGUUCAACAGCAGGUUGAACCAGUGUAUAACAUGGUCGUUGUGGAUGCUGUUCCAAAGCCCAACACAAUGAAAUGGACAGUGCUUUCUAAGGUGAUGAUUAAUUCAGAACACCCAUAGACCAUCUGACAGCUCAUUCAUAGGCCUGUAUAUGAGC